CAUUGAAAUCACCUCAUUUUGCACUUAACAACAACUCCAGAUUGUGAGAGGAAUCAUUAUUUAUGAAUAUUAAAACUUCGACGCUCCAAGACUGAAAUCAUGGGAAGCCAGAGAAAAGCAGCUGAAUCCCAGGUACCAGCAGAGGAGAGUGAUCUCCUCUCGAUAAAGCCCUUGGGUGCUGGUCAGGAGGUGGGUAGAUCUUGCAUAAUGCUGGAAUUCAAGGGCAAGAAGAUAAUGCUGGAUUGUGGAAUUCAUCCAGGUCUCUCAGGGAUGGAUGCCCUCCCGUUCGUGGACCUCGUGGAAGCUGACGAGAUAGAUCUCCUCCUGAUCUCUCACUUUCACCUGGAUCACUGUGGAGCACUCCCCUGGUUCCUCCAGAAGACGAGCUUCAAGGGCAGAUGUUUCAUGACCCACGCGACAAAAGCCAUCUAUCGCUGGCUCCUCUCUGAUUACAUCAAGGUCUCCAACAUCGCGACCGAACAGAUGCUGUACACUGAGUCUGACCUUGAGGCAAGCAUGGACAAAAUCGAGACGAUAAAUUUUCACGAGGAGAAAGAUGUCUUCGGGAUUAAAUUCUGGGCGUACAACGCUGGUCAUGUCCUGGGGGCUGCCAUGUUCAUGAUAGAAAUUGCAGGUGUGAAGAUCCUGUACACCGGAGACUUCAGUCGCCAGGAGGAUCGUCACCUGAUGGCAGCGGAAAUUCCAAAUGUCCACCCAGAUGUGCUGAUAACCGAGUCAACAUACGGCACUCACAUCCACGAAAAACGAGAGGACCGAGAGCGACGUUUCACUAAUCUCGUCCACGAGAUAGUGAAUCGUGGUGGUAGAUGCCUGAUUCCAGUAUUCGCCCUGGGUCGUGCCCAGGAGUUGCUAUUAAUUCUGGAUGAGUACUGGAGUCAACAUCCAGAGCUACACGAAAUUCCCAUCUACUACGCCUCAUCAUUGGCUAAAAAAUGUAUGGCAGUUUAUCAGACGUACGUAAACGCGAUGAAUGAUAAAAUUCGUCGUCAGAUUGCGAUAAAUAAUCCCUUCGUGUUCAAACACAUAUCAAACCUGAAGGGGAUCGAUCACUUCGAUGACAUUGGUCCGUGCGUGGUGAUGGCAUCACCAGGAAUGAUGCAGAGUGGUUUAUCGAGGGAAUUAUUUGAAUCCUGGUGUACGGACGCUAAAAAUGGAGUGAUAAUCGCUGGUUACUGUGUCGAGGGUACCCUAGCCAAGACUAUUCUCUCAGAGCCAGAGGAAAUAGCCACAAUGAGUGGACAGAAGCUCCCACUCAAGAUGUCAGUGGAUUACAUAUCAUUCUCAGCUCACACUGAUUACCAGCAGACAUCCGAGUUCAUCAGGAUCCUGAAACCACCGCACGUGGUGCUCGUCCAUGGGGAGCAGAAUGAAAUGGGAAGACUGAAGGCUGCCCUUCAGAGAGAGUACCAGGACGAUCCCAGCACCACCAUGGAAAUUCACAAUCCAAGGAAUACUGUUGCUGUUGAAUUGUACUUCAGGGGUGAGAAGACAGCCAAAGUCAUGGGUACCCUCGCCAUGGAGACAUCGAGACCCGGUGAAAUACUGUCUGGUGUUCUCGUCAAGAGGAACUUCAAUCACCACAAAUUGGCACCAUCUGAUCUGUCAAAGUACACGGAUAUGACAACUAGUCACGUCAUUCAGAGACAGAGCAUGCACUUCGGUGGAUCUUUAGUGGUCCUAAAGCAUCUCCUGGGACAAAUUGCUGGUAAUCUCGAGUACGUCGACGACAGAAAAAUACGAGUGUUUAAAAAUGUCGAUGUCACUGUCGAUGGGAAAAUAGUAACGAUGGAGUGGCUCGCUACACCUGUCAAUGACAUGUAUGCAGAUUCAGUUUUUACUGCUCUCCUUCAGGCUGAACUCAUGGACAAUCCACCCAAGACACUACCUCCACCAACUAAAAUGGAUAGAAUGCAUUUUAAGAUGUGUCUCAUUGAGAUGCUCCAGGAGAUGUUCGGGGAGGACUCGGUGCCCAAGAUAUUCAAGGGAGAGCAGCUCUAUGUCACUGUUGAUGGAAAAAAAGCACAUAUUGAUCUGAUGGGGCUCAAUGUCACCUGCGGAGAGGACGAGGUAUUUCAGCAGAUUGUUCAGACUGCUGUCUCAAAACUUCAUCAGUCACUGGCGUCUCCCUCCGAGACCAUCUGAGAAUAAUGACUGUGAAUCGUCAUCCUAAUUUCAUGCAACAUUAUCUUUAUACUUUCCAAUAAAAAUAACGAAAUGAUAUUUAACAUUUCUGUCAUGAUUUCAUUAUUUUUUUAAAUUAUGUGGAUUAUGUAUAUAGUAUAUAGACAACGCACUCAUUAUAAAAUUAUAAUUUCA